GAGCCUAACUGGGGCAGAACUCACCCAGUCCCCGAAGCAUGAACAGGCCCGACCUCAGGCGGUCGGAAGUGACGUAGCCACCGAGAUCCGCGGGGCCGCCACGUAAUAGGCCUCCGCCUCAAGUCGCCGUCUUCCACCCGGACUGACCCAAAGAGAGGGGAAGUGUGGCCGAAAGCCGCACCACCCGCCCUCACCCGGCAUCCAGCGACUCCCAGGCCCCACCGGGGAACCCGGCAGCACCUAACUGGAACUCGAACCCGCAACCUGGACGGUGCCGCCGCGUCGGCCUGCGCGCCCGUGUGGCGGCGCUCAGCGAGCCAUGGGCUUCGGCGCUUCCCCACGCGCAUGCGCGGCCCUCGGUCUCGGGAGGACUCCGCGGGUGACCGACACGCGGGCCUCACAGCCGCCGGCACUCCGGGUUCCCAGGUCGCCCUGGUCUCCGGCUGGUCCUGACCUGCGGCCGCGCUUCUCCUCCUCCUGCGGCGCGGUGCGGCGGGGAAGCCCUCCGCGGCCGUCCACCCGCGCCUCAGGCUCGCCCUGACACGAAGUGUCGGCGCGGCUUCCGCUUCCGUUAAAUAAUGGCAGAGACAAGUCUGUUAGAGGCUGGGGCCUCUGCAGCCUCCACAGCUGCUGCACUGGAGAACCUACAGGUGGAGGCGAGCUGCUCUGUGUGCCUGGAGUAUCUGAAGGAGCCUGUCAUCAUCGAGUGUGGGCAUAACUUCUGUAAAGCUUGUAUUACCCGCUGGUGGGAGGACCUAGAAAGGGACUUCCCUUGUCCUGUAUGUCGGAAGACAUCUCGCUACCGCAGUCUCCGGCCCAAUCGGCAGCUAGGCAGUAUGGUAGAAAUUGCCAAGCAGCUCCAGGCUGUGAAGCGGAAGAUCCGAGAUGAGAGCCUCUGCCCGCAGCAUCAUGAAGCCCUCAGCCUCUUCUGCUAUGAAGACCAGGAAGCUGUAUGUUUGAUAUGUGCCAUUUCCCACACCCACCGGGCCCACACCGUUGUUCCACUGGAUGAUGCAACACAGGAGUACAAGGAAAAACUGCAGAAGUGCCUGGAGCCCCUGGAAUACAAGCUGCAGGAAAUCACCCGCUGCAAAUCCUCUGAGGAAAAGAAGCCAGGGGAGCUCAAGAGACUAGUGGAGAGUCGCCGGCAGCAAAUCUUGAAGGAAUUUGAAGAGCUUCAUAGGCGCCUGGAUGAAGAACAGCAGAUUCUGCUUUCACGAUUGGAAGAGGAGGAACAGGACAUCCUACAACAACUGCGGGAAAAUGCUGCCCAUCUGGGGGACAAGCGCCGGGCCCUGGCCCACCUGGCUGCUGAGGUGGAGGACAAGUGCUUACAGUCUGGCUUCGAGAUGCUGAAGGAUGUCAAAAGUACCCUGGAAAAAUGUGAGAAGGUUAAAACUAUGGCAGUGACUUCGGUAUCCAUAGAGUUGAAAAAGAACUUCAGCCAUUUUCCCCGACAGUACUUUGCCCUGAGGAAAAUCCUUAAACAGCUAAUUGCGGAUGUGACCUUGGACCCUGAGACCGCUCAUCCUAACCUCGUCCUGUCAGAAGAUCGCAAGAGUGUCAAGUUCGUAGAGACUAGACUCCGAGAUCUCCCUGACACGCCCCAGCGUUUUACCUUCUACCCUUGCGUCUUGGCUACUGAAGGUUUCACCUCAGGUCGACAUUACUGGGAGGUGGAAGCCGCGCACUGUGUCCUAGCGCAGGACCCCGAGAACCAGGCUCUAGCGAGGUUUUACUGCCACACGGAGAAGACCAUCGCCAAGAGGCUCGUCCUGCGGAGGGACCCCUCGGUGAAAAGGACCGUGUGUCGCGGCUGCUCCUCGCUCCUCAUCCCGGGUCUCACCUGUACUCAGCGCCAGAGACGCCGCAGGGGACAGCGUUGGACAGUACAGACUUGCCUAACAUGCUGGCGCAGCCAGCGCUUCCUCAAUGACCCCAAUCAUCUGCUCUGGGGGGACCGGCCUGAGGCCCAGCUAGGGAACCAGCCAGAUUCCAAAGCACCACAGCCCCUGCCAAACACAUCCCCCCUUCCUAAAGAGAAAACACAGCCUGAGGCUGCUGCAGCCACUGGGGAUGGAGUUACCUCUCCUUCCACAUAAAUAAAGUUGAACUGUGUUUG